AGAAAAGUGGUUCCGUUAGAAAACAGCAGGUGUUAAACUUUCCAAAAAAUGUGAAACGGGUGUGUUUUUGUGCGUAUAUAGAGUACCGUUUAUGGUAAAUAUUCGCAGUGAAGCAUCAUUUAAAACUAGUUUAACUUCAUCAACAAGAUGGCAGCAAAAUAUGUUUUGAUUAUUUCAUUCCUGUUGGCAACAGUUUUGGCUGAAAUCUAUCUCUCACCAGAUCAAGUAAAAGAGGCAAGGAAUGCUUUGGAAAAUCCCAAUUUGUUUGAGGGAGAUAUAGCAGGACCUAUUGACACCGACCGUAGUGCUACAACAGGAGAGAGAUAUAGGUGGCCACAAGCAACUAUUCCAUAUAUUAUCGACUCAUCUUUAAACAAAGGCAAAGCCAGAAAUGUAAUUCAACAGGCAAUGAAUGAAUAUCAUAGAAGGACUUGUAUUAGGUUUGUUCCAAGAAAGAAAGAAAAAAACUAUAUCAAGAUCUUUUCUGGAAACGGGUGCUACUCGCACGUUGGAAGAACAGGUGGUCAGCAACCAGUGUCACUUGGCAAAGGAUGCUUAUAUAUUGGUAUUGUUAUUCACGAGCUGGGUCAUGCUGUUGGAUUUUUUCAUGAACAAAGUAGAUCCGACAGAGAUGAAUAUCUGAUUAUCUACCUUGAGAACGUCGAUCAAAGUAUGAAAGGCAAUUUUUUCAAGCUGAAACCACAUGAAAAUAUACUGUACAACACAUUUGACUAUGAUUCCAUAAUGAUUUACGGAAGCAAAUCUUUCUCCAUGAAUGGACGCGACACGAUGGUUGCCAGAAAUGGACAUAAAUUAGUGGAUGCUUUUUACAAAUCAAAGAUGACUAGUUCUGAUGAAUAUAGAAUGCGAAAGAUGUAUAAUUGUUAAUGGAGAACAUCUAUUACUAAGAUCUUUUCAAAACAUUUUGUCAA